GUUAACCUCCGCUCCCCAGUGAACAAUGAGAGCUAUCAGGAGCGGCUGGUUCGCUUAGAGGGGGACAAAGAGUCUCUGGUGCUCCAGGUAAGGUGCUCCUGUCAUCUCUCACCCCCACCAUCAUCCUUGCAGGAUUAUAGUUUAGCUUUUAGAGAGCGAGAGAGAGAGAGAGUAGAUACAGGCCCUGACAAUAAAUCUCAGUGAGACAAAAAUAAUGGUGUUCCAAAAAAGGUCCAGUUUCCAGGACCACAAAUAUAAAUUCCAUCUAGACACUGUUGCCCUAGAGCACACAAAAAACGAUACCUACCUUGGCCUAAACAUCAGCACCACAGGUAACUUUCACAAAGCUGUGAUUGAUCUGAGAGACAAGGCAAGAAGGGCCUUCUACGCAAUCAAAAGGAACAUAAAAUUCAACAUCCCAAUUAGGAUCCGGCUAAAAAUACUUGAAUCAGUUAUAGAACCCAUUGCCCUUUAUGGUUGUGAGGUCUGGGGUCCGCUCACCAACCAAGAAUUCACAAAAUGGGACAAACACCAAACUGAGACUCUGCAUGCAGAAUUCUGCAAAAACAUACUCUGUGUACAACGUAAAACACCAAAUAAUUUAUGCAGAGCAGAAUUAGGCCGAUACCCGCUAAUGAUCAAAAUGCAGAAAAGAGCCGUUAAAUUCUACAACCACCUAAAAGGAAGCGAUUUCCAAACCUUCCAUAACAAAGCCAUCAGCUACAGAGAGAUUAACCUAGAGAAUAGUCCCCUAAGCAAGCUGGUCCUGGGGCUCUGUCCACAAACACAAACAGAACCCACAGAGCCCCAGGACAGCAACAGGAACAUAAUUAGAUCCAACCAAAACAUGAGCAAACUGGAAUGCUAUUUGGCGCUAAACAGAGAGUACACAGUGGCAGAAUACCUGACCACUGUAAAUGACCCAAAAUUAAGGAAAGCUUUGACUAUGUACAGACUCAGUGAGCAUAGCCUUGCUAUUGAGAAAGGCCGCCGUAGGCAGACCUGGCUCUCAAGAGAAGACAGGCUAUGUGCACACUGCCCACAAAAUGAGGUGGAAACUGAGCUGCACUUCCUAACCUCCUGCCAAAUGUAUGACCAUAUUAGAGACACAUGUUUCCCUCAGAUUACACAGACCCACAAUUUUGAUAAACUAUCUAUUGGGUAAAAUACCACAGUGUGCCAUCACAGCAGGACGAUUUGUGACCUGUUGCCACAAGAAAAGGGCAACCAGUGAAGAACAAAAACUAUUUGUAUGUUUAUUUAUUUUCCUUUUUGUACUUUAACUAUUUGCACAUCGUUAUAAUACUGUACAUAGCCAUAAUAUGAUAUUUGAAAUGUCUCUAUUCCUUUGAACCUUUUAUGAGGGUAAUGUUUACUGUUCAUUUUUAUUUUUUAUUUCACUUUGGUUUAUUAUCUAUUUCACUUGCUUUGGCAAUGUAAACAUAUGUUUCCCAUGCCAAUAAAGCCCUUUGAAUUUAAUAUAAUUUAAUUGAAAGAGCUCCUCCUCACUGUCACCAGGGUCACGUCAGGUUAGUGUAAAGGCAUUAGGGGGACAGAGACAUCUCUGUCCACAGGCCCAAGUGACCUCACGGCUCUGCUGUUAAAUUGAGAGAGAGACGGCAGUAUAUCACAGAGAUGUUAAAAUGUCCAGGGCAGGCUAGGGGGGCUGGGGGCUGGUUGUUUGUAGCAGAGGAACUCAGUCAAACAGUACGCCCCUAGUACAUUGCCUCUUUUCCCAAACAAACGUGUCUGGAUAAUGCCUUGUCUUUGGUUGUACUGUAAACAUCAGGCUCAAGUGAUUUGUCAGGAUGCUCCAUGCUUUUUUACAUCUGUGUAAUUAGUAGCUUAUACAUUUGUAAUGUAGUCUACACAUUGCAUAUUAAUAUUUUCCCUAUUCCUUCUCGGCCUCUGUCAUGCCUUAUCUGGCUCAACGUGUGCUGCUUAAAACUAGCCUUGUGCCAAAGUAGCCCUUUCUUUCGCACAUGCCAGCAUAUUCCUCAAGCCCCUCUGACAAACGCUGCUGAUUGGCCGACGGGCCUGGCCCAGUUGACUGAAAACAUUAUUGGGUGGUGCAGGUAAAAGGGAGGUGCUUGCUUUCCCUUUUACCUGCUUCAUUGUGGGCUGGCCAGAGUUGUGGGCUAAGUUUACUCAGCUCAAUUUUUGUAGUUCAGUGAACCAUGGCAAGGGUAGGUUAUCUUUUAUGAUAUUUCACAUUGGCUGUUGACAUAGAGUUCUACUCCGGCUGAGGAAUGAAGUGAAACUACCUGUGUGUUGUCAGAAGAAUUAGCAGCAUUAGCAUACGGGUAGCUCCAGUCCUGACCAGGAGAGAGGAGGUAUUUCUCAACAUGAGUGACUAAGGUGUCCUUUGUGUGGGUUGGCUGUGUGUGCUAUAGGUGAGCGUGCUCACAGACCAGGUGGAGGCCCAAGGAGAGAAGAUCCGAGACCUGGAGAGCUCUCUGGAGGAGCACUACCACAAACUCAACUCCACUGAGAAAAUGCUACAGCAGGUAAGAGACAUACUACAUUACCACUACUCUACCACUGCUCAGGUUAGAGAGCUAACUGCUGUUGUUUACCUCAACUUGUUUCCUACAUAAACAUAGUCUUGUUUUAGUCCUAGAUCAACUGUAUUUUGUAAAUGUGUGAUUAGAGCAAUGUGUGAUUAGAGAAAGGUUAAAUAUUACAAGGUUGCUCAGUAACAAAUAGAACGGACAACCUGUUAUGUGUGGUCCUCUGUAGCUCAGCUGGUAGAGCACGGCGCUUUUAACGCCAAGGUAGUGGGUUCGAUCCCCGGGACCACCCAUACACAAAAAAAAAAGAAUGUAUGCACGCAUGACUGUAAGUCGCUUUGGAUAAAAGCGUCUGCUAAAUGGCAUAUUAUAUUAUAUUAUUAUGUUUCCUUUAGUGUGAAGUAAGUGUGUGGUAAAUUAGUAACAGGAAGUGUGGUUUUCAUUCAUAACAUUCCUACUAACAUAAAAUACUGUUGCUUGUGAGUGACCAGGGCUGGCUCUACGUGGUGGCAAAGCCAGGCAGGGACCCCCCAGAUAGAAUUUGUAUAUGGUAUAUGAAUUACCCUGCCCGGUUUUGCCGAUGUUGCACUGCCGGGCCUGCCAGUAGCGCUGACCGGGACAGAGGCUAUUUGCCGGGUGUUAACUCUUUAUCUGAGGAGGGGUGAGGGAGGGGGGAUGUAAUAUUUUGUACUUAAAAUCCAAAAAUGCAUUCUGAUUGGGCACCUAGCCAUACAAUGUCAUAAGGUACCACCUUCAUUACCUUGUUUAGGAAGCUCAUUGGAUUUUUUCCCCCACUUUUUCAGACAGCUAAUAAUAGGCUAGCUAGUAACUUUGUUAAGUUUUGGUAGCAGCGCACUGAAUAAUUAUAGCUAGUUGGCUAAGCUUUGGUUAGCACGGAUAUCCAAAAAUGUCUGGGCACUGCCAAGAGCAAAGAAAUUGAGGACCACCAUGUCGAAAGCCAUGCCAAGCUCAACGAACAGCCUGCAGGACCGACCACCGAGGUUGAGGACCCUAGCAGCAAAUGUUUUUGUAUAGUAUCGUUUAGGCCUUUGCUUUUUACAUCAAUGCAUCUUUUUGAUUUAUCUGUGAUUCCUAAUGUCAUUGUUUGCUUUUGCGGGUCUAAUUGUUAUUGACAGAUAUACAGCUUUGCGUUAUUUGGUGGGUAUAGAGACAAUGACCAAUGUAGCGUAAUUGGUUGUGCUCUGAGGUGAGCCCUGGCGCAGUGCUCCUGUUGUCCUGGCUGUCCACUAUGGUGGUGCUGAAUUUGGCAGUGCAUCUAACGUUAUCUUUUAAUCGCACUGCCUUCUGUCCAUGGUCCUGAAUCGAUGGUUACGGUGUGUGCUGUUUUAAUGAGCGCAUCUUGGGCAGUCUUCGUGGGGCUUCUCUUCAACAUUGCGUGCUUUCUUGUGAGCAAAAUGACAGUUGUUGUGUAAUGGCUGCAUUUCAGAUAGACCCAGAUUUUGUACAUUUUGCAUGUCGCAGUAGUAGGACCAAUACCGUGUGUAGUCUACUAAUUUGCAUUAUACACGGUCAUUGUGUGAUUGGCUACUUUAAAAGUGAUGUUAAUACUAUGAAAACGACACUUAGCCCACUCUUUCGCCCCCUCCCUGCUCUCUUACUAUAGCUUAUAAUAUAUAUAAAAUAUUGCGCAACUGGAGAAGUGGCGGCUUGGUUACGCUCAUUGCAUAGUGUCACAAAUUCGACAGCAAUGUAGCCUAUAGUUCUAAUUAUUGAAGUUGGGUUGUGGGUUCGAUUCCCACAGGGGGCCAGUAUGAAAAAAAUUAAAAAUAAUGUAUGCACUCACUAACUGUAAGUCGCUCUGGAUAAGAGCGUCUGCUAAUUGACUAAAAUGUAAAUGUAAAUGUUGUAAGAAUCUUUGAUAGCCUAGUGGUGCUCAUCCUGUCGAGCUGGCCUGUUCGUGUUGGUAUGUGUAAAGUAUGUGUAGGCCUAUGGCAGCUAUGGCUACAUUUCCGAUACCCUUGUAUGGCGCAUAGCUUUCUUGUGCUACGACGGUUGUUGAUGUGUACGGCUACAUUUCAGAUACAUUUUUGUACAUUUAAACAGUAGUAGGACCAAUCUUGUUUUAUUAUGGCUCUAAUGCAAUACUAGUUGUGCCCCCAAUGGAUUUAAAAUGACCCCUCAGGCAUGUCAUCCUGGAGCCAGGCCUGUGAGUGACUCACCUCGAUUGCACAAAGUUUGUCACUCAGAAGAGGGAAACAAAGUUCAAUUUCUUUCGAUCUUACAAGGUGACUUCCUAUGGCUUACUGACUCCAUUGUGUUAUAAGAGCAGAUAUAUUUAUGGUAGUGGGCUCCACUAAAAGCAGACUGCAUAAUCUUACUAUAAUUACAGCAUAUUCUUUCUGAAUUUAUAACAGCACAUAAACAUUUUGGAAAAAAGAAGACCACUUCUUGUGGAGGUAGGGAGGGAGACAGGGUGAGAGCUGUCCAGUUUAUGCUCUUACCGUCAGAGACAGGGGUGAGGGUGUGUGAGCGGAGAGGAGCCCUUGAGCAGUGUCUGCUGAUGCCUCUUAUUAGCUUGUAUGUGCGUACCAAACAUUGGCACACAAAGCUACCCAAUUUAGGAAUCAAAAAGCCCUCUGUUUGGGCUUUUCAACUGCUCCUUUGUCUAGUUUGUGAUUUUGUCUCAUCCAGCCGGUUUGCUCCCAAUAAAUGGCAAUGGUAAAAAGUGAAUUUGUUGUUUAUCAGUUUAAUUGACCUCAAAUGCCAAGCAGAUUUUGUUUUUUUAUUUGGUUGCCUUUGUACAUAAGCACAGGUCUAGGGGAAAACCUUUUUUCCCCCUCACAUGGUCAUGCAGAAUAUACAAUAAAUGCUUACUUAUGGUUAUAUAGGAGAGUCCACAGCCACUGGUGUCUACUGUCUACAGUACUCUGUGGUGUGGCUGGUAUAUCUUAGCAGGACCCUUGUGUUUGACCUGCAUUGAUAACCAGAGACUGUCCAUCUUCACAUUGUUUGGCCCCAUUGAAGUUUUAAUGAGUUCUGGUCAAACAAUGUGUGUGGUGUGAUUAGGCAAGGUCAAUGGCAAGGUUGAUCUUUGUCACUGCUGUUCUGAGCCUGAAAUGGAGAUAGCUAUUUUCUGAGUCUCAAGAGAAUGCUUAUCAGUAUCUGCUGCCAGUUCCAGUAAAAGCUAAUGGAUGAGUGUGUUGGGCAGAUUAUUUCAUCAAUAGACUCAUCAGACCUAUACUUACUCAGAGCCACAUGCCAGUGAGGGAUGUUAGUGUCAAACAGUGUCUUCUUUCUAUGUGUCUUAAUCACACACAUACACACACACGCACUCACGCACGCACGCACUCACGCACGCAUGCACGCACACACACACACCCACAUGUUUGUUUUACUAUCCUUGUGGGGACCAAACACCUGAUUCCCAUCCAAAAUCUUAUUUUCCCUAUACCCUAACCUAACCCUAACCUUAACCCCAAACCUCUAAACCUAACCCUAACCCUAAACCUAACCCCUAACCCUAACCCUAAUUGUAAGCCUAAACCUAAACCUAACCCCUAAGUCUAAAAUAGCCCCACUAGUCUGAAUUUUCCUUGUUUUACUAUCCUUGUGAGGACUUCUGGUCUCCACAAGGAUAGUAAAUCCAAACACACACACACACACGUAUACACACAUAUACACAAAGCUCUUUGUCUAAGCAGUAAGCACCCAUGCAUAAAACAGUUUGUGUCACCACAUAUGAGAUCACCACUAAGUAGGACUAUGUCCUUCUGCAUGGUUUACUGAAUCUGCAGCGUACUGUUUGACAUUCUUACCAGGGAUGAAUUCCACCCAUAGAUGUACUGUACAUGCAGUAUAUAGUAUACAGUGCUUUCGGAAAGUACUCAGACCCCUUGGAUUUUUCCACAUUUUGUUACAUUACAGCCUUAUUCUGAAAUGGAUUUAAAAAAUAUAUAUCCUCAGCAAUCUACACAUAAUACCCCAUAAUGACAAAUCGAAAACAGAUUUUUUUAAUUUUAGCAAAUGUAUUACAAAUAAAAAACUGAAAUAACUUAUUUACAUAAGUAUUCAGACCCUUUGCUAUGAGACUCAAAAUUGAGCUCAGGUGCAUCCUGUUUCCAUUGAUCAUCCUUGAGAUGUUUCUACAACUUGAUUGGAAUCCACCUGUUGUAAAUUCAAUUGAUUUGACAUGAUUUGGAAAGGCACACACCUGCCUAUAUAAGGUCCCACCGUUGACAGCGCAUUUCAGAGCAAAAACCAUGAGGUCGAAGGAAUUGUCCAUAGAGCUCCGAGACAGGAUUGUGUCGGCACAGAUCUGGGGAAGGUUACCAAAAACACAGUGGCCUCCAUCAUUCUUAAAUGGAAGAAGUUUGGAACCACCAAGACUCUUCCUAGAGCUGGCUGCCCGGCCAAACUGAGAAAUCUGAGGAGAAGGGCCAUGGUCAGGGAGUUGACCAAGAACCCGAUGGUCACUCUGACAGAGCUCUAGAGUUCCUCUGUGGAGAUGGGAGAACAUUCCAGAAGGACAACCAUCUCUGCAGCACUCCACAAAUCAGGCCUUUAUGGUAGAGUGACCAGACGGAAGCCACUCCUCAGUAAAAGGCCCAUGACAGCCCGCUUGGAGUUUGCCAAAAGGCACCUAAAGACUCUUAAGACCAUGAGAAACAAGAUUCUCUGGUCUGAUGAAACCAAAAUUGAACUCUUUGGCCUGAAUGCCAAGUGUCACGUCUGGAGGAAACCUGGCACCAUCCCAACGGUGAAGCAUGGUGGUGGCAGCAUCAUGCUGUGGGGAUGUUUUUCAGCGGCAGGGACUGGGAGACUAGUCAGGAUCAAGGCAAAGAUGAACGGAGCAAAGUACAGAGAAAUCCUUGAUGAAAACCUGCUCCAGAGCGCUCAGGACCUCAGACUGGGGCAAAGGUUCACCUUCCAACAGGACAACGACCCUAAGCACACAGCAGGAGUGGCUUUGGGACAAGUCUGUGAAUGUCCUUGAGUGGACCAGCCAGAGCCCGGACUUGAACCCGAUCUAUCUUUGAAAGAGACCUGAAAAUAGCUGUGCAGCAACGCUCCCCAUCCAACCUGACAGAGCUUGAGAGGAUCUGCGGAGAAGAAUGGGAGAAACUCCCCAAAUACAGAACUUCAAUAAAUAAUGAUUGAAUAAAUAGGCCUACAUAGGCCGCACUGCGAUUACUAAUGAAUGAAUGGAAUUCUGAAUGUUUACGGUUUCCGUGGUCAAUUAUUAAUUUCACGUUCAUUCUUGGGCUAGUUAGCCUACUGGCACAGGAGAGAUCGCAUUUGUAAAAUGAUACAUUGUUGCACAGGUCGUAGAGGCAGACAGGUAGGUUUAUCCAACCCUCAACUGUUGCAAACCAAUUAAUAUGAUGGGAAAAUUAAGUGUACAUGCUUUUUUCCCAAGGGAGAUGAAGUUGAAUUUCCUGCCUGGGCUGCGGGACAGUGGAAUUAUAAUAUUAACACAUCAUUGUAUUUUGCAGGAGUUGUUGUCCAACAACUCCCGCAUAUCAACCAAUCAGCAUCCAGGAUCCAAACAACCCGUUUUAUAAUGCAAUAUGUUCUAUUUAAUUUUGUGAUUCCAACCACCAGAAUGUCAUAGUGACUCCAUCCUCAUUCUGAGAAAGGAAAUAUUCACCCAAGACUGUGUACAGGGCUCCAAAGCAACCAUGACAACAAACACACACACACACUAAAGGCUGGUUAGUUUCUAGCUUGUUAUCUGGCUAGCCACUUCAAAUAAUCAUAUCAUAGCUGGCAACGUCUUAACUUUAGAAAUGUUUUAUUCAUUAUUACAGGAAAAUAAACUCACAAGAUCAUUAUUAACAAGUUUAAUGGCGAGCUAAUUACAGUAAAUAGAAUUUUAGAAAGUGCACUCUCAUCGCUGUCCCAGUCAGGUAACCAUGACAAUGGAUGCAGUGACAGGGUCAAAGUUGAACUUUAUUCAUCUGUCUGCAACAAGGAAACCAACAGUCGCAGCGACGGUCUAAAGACAUUCCACCGGAGUAUAAAUUAAAUGUUGUUUUGACCAGCGACACUUGUCGCAUUCUAAUUAUCUACAAACAUGUCGAUAGACAAAGUAUAAACCAGCCUAGCCUACCGCUUUCCUGCAGUCAAAUGACGUAGUGGCCUCAUGGGUGGAAUGUUAAUCAUAUUUUUCAUAAUUUCAUAAUAAUCAACAUUAUUUAUUUAUUUUACGCCAAAAUGUCAAACGGUUUUGAUGUUUUUCAGUAUUCUGUGAUGUAUAUAAAGUGUAAUAUUGGGAUGCAAACAAUAUUUGACAUGGUACAGGUGUCUUCUUUUUUUAAGCCCAUAACUAUGUGUGUGAGGUGUAUACUUUUGUUUCAAAGUAGAUUUGUUUAAGACUACCAAGAAACAGUCGGUGUGACCCUGAUUUAGCCCACUGCAGUAAAAGGUUAAGAAGGAAUGUUUGCUGUUAGAGGGCGAGUCCAGCAGGAUUGCAGGUUUGAUAGCUUGACCUACCACACAUCCAAUCCCCAUCCUUCUCCAUGUGUCCUACUUGACUAAGCAGGUGAGGGUACAGUUAGAGAGUCAGUGGCACCUUAGCCUGGUCUAGUGGUUCCAGAUCUGUUUGGGCUGUUUAGCCAACUAUGGGUGUUGUAUGCCAAACAUACGGUAUGUCUUAAGAGUUGGUUAUACAGCACCAACAGAUCUGGGACCAGGCUAGUGGCACCUUGGGUCUGCUGAGAGGUCUGACAGACUGACCCAGGGAAGGGAAGAGGUCCUGUUUCAGAGGGACAAAGGGGAGCUUGGCCCCGGACUCUGACCACUGUGUCUGAAUAUCAUCAUUGGUCUGAUCACUGUCUGACUCUGAAAGCCUGAGUGGCAUGUUGACCUAGUCAGGCUAGUCAGCCACAGCACUCUGUAUGAGAGCCUAUAGCAGUUCAACACAGUCCAAUCAAGCCUAGAUAAACGGAUAGUUGGAUAUCAGUACGCCGCAGCCUGCAGAGCUAGUUAGGAGGGGCUGAUAAUCCUGCAUGUGUUUCACUUCAUAGUUAGUUCAAAGGAAGGAUUUCAUCAGGCUUAGCUAGCUAGCUCAGUGUCAACUGUUGGUCUUUUACGGAAAAUACCUUCAAAUUUCUUCUAAAUGCUCGGCUGAUCCCGGUGUUGGGUUGCAAAUGUUAUUUUCAAUGUAUUUCCCUUGAGCUGUGGUGAUUACUGUAUAGUGGUUUACAGUCCAUCUACACUCUUAGAAAAAAAGUGCUUUCUAGAACCUUAAAGGGUUCUUUGGCUGUCCCCAUAGGAGAGACCGUUAAAGAAACCUUUUUGGUUCCAGCUAGAAUCCUUUUGGGAACCCAAAAUGAUUCUUCCUGGAACCCAAAAGGGUUCUAUCUGGAAUGAGAAAAGGUUAUCCUAUGGGGACAGCUGAAGAACCCUUUUGGAACCCUUUUGCCUGGUGGUGGGGAGUAUAUAUAUUUCAUGUGAUGUCACUAAGUGGCUCGUAGUAAAGUUGUGCUAUCUCUGAACAAUUUAGCUACUAAAGGGUAUUGGUCGGGGUAUUUAGGAUAGCUUAUUGCAGAUCAUGCAUUUAGGCCUAGGCCUGUGUAUUGGUGUCUUGGUAAGGCACACCUAAUUCAGAUAUAUAAAUGAUGGCAAGUUAUUUUAAGGAGAGAGUAGUAUUCUCUGGAACAGGAACCGAAAUCAGCCUCCAGUGAUGAGGGGUGUUGGGAAAUCCAAAGGGCGUAAGGGAAGUGUGUUUACUGUGUGUGAAAUCUAGAGUCAAAGCUCACACACCCACCUGCUCUAUACACACAAACACACACACACGCACACAUGCACACACGCACACUGCUCCUGUCCCAGGUCUUUUGAAUAUUUUAGAGUCUGUCUCUAACUUAGUGUUCUCUCUCUCUCUCUCUCUCUCUCUCUCUCUCUCUCUCUCUCUCUCUCUCUCUCUCCCUCUCUCCCUCCCUGAGUCAGACAGAGGAAGUAAAAAUAGAGCCACAUAGCAGUGUGUAUAUAUAGCAGAGCAGGGCCCGGGCUCCCAGGCUGAACUGUUGGUUUGGGGGAGUUUUGUGCCCAGUGGAGCGGCACAUUGACUUUAUACUUCACUCUGAUCGCCUUGGUCAGUGGAUAGAGUGUGUGUGUGUGUGUAGGGGAGUUUUAAUGUGUGUGUCUCUUCGGCUGUGUGUGCGGUACAGGAGCUGCUGAGCCGGACCACAUUGGAGACCCAGAAACUGGAUCUGAUGGAUGAGGUUUCCUACCUGAAACUGAAGCUGGUCAGCAUGGACGAGGAACAGAACCAGAACGACAGCAGCGAGGACCAGCAGAACAAAGCUGAGGUACGGUACUGUAGUACAGGCUGGGAGGAGAGGACAUGA